UUUACCGGGCAGAAUAAACACAUACUAGGGUUGACAACUCUUUUUCAUGAAUAAUGCACAUACUUAUGAUAUAGCUGACAGGGCAUGCAUAAACUAUAGUAAACAUUCCAUCCGUUACUUGGCUUCUAAAACAAACACCAGAAAAUGCAAAGCAUCUAUUCUGUUGAACAACAUUCUUUUAGCCACAGCAAGUAAAUGUCAUUCAAAUUUUCAAGAAUGGAUAAUUAAUUAAAAGCAGCUUCUUCCAUUUUCUCUCCUAGUUCGUUAAGUCCAUACAUACUGCCGACCAAGUCCAUCCCUACAAUAGAACAGCAUCCAUUGAAGCGAGUGGCGUACACAAAAACAUAGAGUAACAUAAACACCAAAAGCAUUCAUUAUUCACGCGUCUAUCAGCGUUAUGCCUCCUCGUUCUCGUUGCGUCAUCUCCCUUCAUCACUCAACCAACAUCAUCAUCGGUCUCUGUGGAACUCAACUGCGUGAAGCAGUGCGACUUUGACUCUUCGCAUAAGCAUUUCCCGAGAGCCUGGCAUUCUUCUAUAUGAAGCACUGACAGCACGCCUGCAUCAGUUAUCAACGAUAUACCUAACGCUGAACAAGAUCCGUCCUCUGCGUUUCCUUUCAUCAACCUAUUGAAUCGUGAAACGAGGAACAAUGAGGCGAACAGAGAGCGGGAAUAAAAUUAUGACACAUUGAGCGAAGAAGUGAUGUGACAGACAGAGCGACAGACAGACAGGCAGGCGGAAGGGAACGUCCAGUGUGGCGCGACGAUGGGCGAGAGGGAAAAAGCAAGAACGAAAGCGAUCAAAACAAACAGCAGGAUUACAACGCGUUUAGUGAGCGGUGUGCGGCACCCACGCAUUCCUCAAGUGCAAUCCAAUCGCUCUCGCGAAGCAGAGAUAACGUUUUGAAGACGAGAGAAAGAUGCGGAGAGAAACCAUCGGCAGAGAGCAGCGAAAGUAAACAAGCAGAAAACUGAGCAACUUGGGAGAGAUUGAGCAACUCGGAAUUCCUUCAAACGAUGUUGCACAACAUACCGCGACAUUUUACGUGCAAACCGAAGCUGUUCGUUGCAUCGUUGCACCAACAAAGGGAGAAAUCGGAAUUGGAUCGGAACGGAGAUGAACGCCGAGCGCUCAUCAGUACUAUCAUCGCUUCGGGAAGGACAGGACGCGAAUCUUUCGUGUUCCCUCGCGUUGUGCGGUGUUUGAUUGGAUUGCGUGUAAAGCAAGUGGACUUUUUCGCUACCGUGAAUCUCAAUUUAUUUUUCCUGUGGAGCUGCUAACAAAAGAGUAUCAGAUUUUUUGGUCCUGCUGCCAGCCGAAACAGGUGAAAGCUAUCGCCAGAGGACCAUCAAUCAAUCAAGCCUGGGACUGGACAGCGAUUCGGUGGAACGUAUAGUUGAACCAGUUGGAUUGGAGAGUACGGUGCUAGUGUGUUUCAUUCGUCAAGGGGUGGAAUGGGGGCUCACUAAGGAUUGCGUAGCGCUCUUCGUAAGGCACCCCCAAUCGCGCCAAGCAGACUGGUAUUAAUUCGAGGGGGAAUAUGAACUUGCUUCAGUCAGGAUAAAACGAAUCAUAUCGCUUUCGCAGUUAGUGAUACAUAUUGUAUGAGAUGAUGUAAAAAACUGCUCGUUACGAGGUCGGCAAUUCGGCUGUCAUCUGGUUUCAAUCCUGGAACCCCCGAAAAAAGUCGUCCUUCAUAAGAGGGAACGACGCUGGUGGCUGUUUCAAAAAACGACCAGCAGAUUAGAGUGAAAUUGUCAAGGCUCGUACCAGUGCGUUUUUUCGUGGUCUCGUCCGGUGACAUCAGUGUGUGAACUUGGUCCCACCAGAGGGAACCUCCAGUUUGAAAACCAACAGAAUUUUUCGUACGAGUGCGGUGAACCUCAAACCCACUUGCCUGCGUUCAACGUGACCGCAAUCUACCGAGAGUACUGCCGAACGGAGCAAGCCCUAGUUUCUACUGGAAAGCAGCAAAACUGUGAAUAAAUCGAUGCGGUUUUCUCUGGUCUAGGUCGCCGCUGCAAGUGCCACUCUCGUCGUCCUGGUAUGGGGCAUGUUGGCAAAUUGGAAUAAUAAUCGGUUUUACAAGCCCGGCACGGUGUGCAUACUUUGUGGUACCGGGUCCAGGAAGAGCGACUUGGCACAUGCGAGGAACAAUCUGGUGUAGGUCGUGGACCAUCCGUCGAACAGUGAAACGCCCGAAAUCGUAUUAUUAAUUUCACAGGUGUUGAUUGAACGCACGGCGUUGUUCGGACGUUUUCGAAAGCGAGGGCGUUGAUAUCCCAUUAGAGGCGAGCUAAUUAAGUGCAAUCGAGUGAAGUGAACAGUCUACCGGAAGAGGGGGAGAGACGCUCCGAGAGUAGAACAAUAAAAACCCAUUCGCGUGUGUAGCUCAUAUGGCCCUAGGCCGAACGGUCGUCAUUGUGUAUGUGCGAGUGCAAUAGUGCGGUUCGGUUAAUUCAAUUGGGUAAUUAUUAGCCCUAGUGCGGAAGCGCGUUUCUACAAAAGGGGUUCCAGCCGAGCAACAACAGUUCCGGUGAAACGAGCAUUUUAGCAGAGCGCAGCAGUUUGUGUGUUUUGGGCCAUCACCCCAUUUUCAACGCCUUCAUGGCCGUCACCAUCGUCGUCGUCCUAGCUGACACAUCAUGCGGCUGAGCUAAGCUGAAUUAGACUUGCGGUGUUUUGUGGUGCCUGUUCGUGACACAAUUCUAGCACCUUAGGUACCUACCAACUGGCAGGCAGCAUCCAUCCCUCCCCAUCAGAAUGACAUUGUCUCCUGGGUAGGAUCAUUCUUCCUGAGGAAUGGCAUCACGAGAGAGGGCAAAAAAUACGUCACCUCACCGAUGUUACAACACAUCCACAAGAAAAGACAUUCCAGCUGCUGCUGCUGCUACAGCUGCGAGGAAAAUAGCAGGAUCCGCAUAGUUACCAGAGGUGUGUACGAGCGUAUGUGCCACAUUCCUGAACGGAGCCAUUUCACCUGUAAGCCGUCAGACUAAACAAGACGACUGGAGCAAAAGUAUGAAUUAUUAUGAUAUGAGGAAAUAUUAAUAGCUCCACCGGUGGUGGUCGUCAAGAAGCACAUUAAUCCUUCGGCUUGCCUGGUCGCUCCGGUAUGACGACAACUGUGUGAAUCUCGGUGUUCUAGUCUUAGGAGCAGAGUAUCAUAGCUAGCUGCUCGGCCAGUGUCAGUGGUACAAGAGAUAUCAAGAAUUCAAAAGCAGCGUUCCGUGAAAAGGUGGAAAAAGGAUAUUAAAGCUCACCCGAACCGUGAGCUUUCCGUAACCAUUCCGUCGGAUCUGGGCCAUCGGGAAAAGAUUCACCAGUAGCGGCACCGUCCGACGGAGGAAAAGCGAAAACGGCGGCUAUGGAAGAAAAUUUAAAUUACCUAACACCGUGUAAUGAUAAGUGAUUAUUAAGUGAGAGAUCUUAGAUAAAGCAGUUUUUUGUGAGCUUCGUGCUGGCUUUGGCCACGGGAUCUUCCUCAUCGUUCGCGCCUAGUUGAGGUGAAAGAGCAGAAAGGCGACCGAGUUGGGCAGAGCAGAAGCGAAGCGCGCGGAUGAUAAAGGAAAAUAAAUUGCUUUUCGCGCUGGGCAUACUUCCGAAUACACAUAUACAUGUACUUACACAUCUGGUAAACUAGCUGCUCGGUGGUUGUUGUUGGCGUUGAAGCAGGAAGAAAAACGGAAAAUCGUCGGUUGUUCUGUGCAGCUGAUGGUGCCUACUCUCGCCUUCCACCCGAACAGUGUGAAAAAGGAUAUCUGUGGUUGGCAGGCAGGAGCCAGGAAAAUAGAAGAAAGAGCCCUUGCAAUCAUCGGGAGCGGACCAGCUGAAGAAACGGGAAAUAAAUUAAAAAUCAUAUUCACUGAUAAAUUACCUUUCGCCAAGUGUUGGAAGUUACUGGGAACCGCAGGGAACCGACUGAGUGGAUGCGCAUCAGUAAAUAAGUCGGGAAAGAGUGAAUAAAUUCCAUAUCCAUUUGUACGAACGGAAGUGACGAUAAGGACCGUUGUGGGCCUAUAGUGGAGUACCCGAGAAGAACAACCUAUAGUCGUUCGUUGGACGGAGUUGGAAAAAGGAUUACUCACGUUCACAAGACCUUCGCACAACAUUUGAUAACGAACAAAAUCGAAGAAACCCAGAGCUGUCAGCAUAGUUCAACGUGUGUCGUACCGCAAAUCUAGGUGAAAGUGGCUCUGUCGAGAUUAAUCCUUUCCUCCGAGUCAACCUGCCGUAACUGACGAUGACCAACGUCGCAAUCGUUGGACGACUCCCAAACAUCUCAAACCACAUUCUACGAAACAACUGCCUCUGCAUAUUCCACCGCUACUGCCGUAUUGUCAUCGUUUUUAAUUAAAGUCUCUGACAUCGUGCCCAGAAAAAAAAACAAACGCAUCACCACCACCUCCGUCAUCGCCAUCGACCGGUCUUGGUUCGUUUACAAAUCACGCAGAAUGACGACAAGAUUACGGCCGGCGGCAGCCAGCUGUCGGAUUAUCAUCUACUCCACCACGCUGAUCCUACUGGUGUUUCUUCGGCAAGUGUACUCUUUCUGUCCGUCGGUAUGCACGUGCGAGGUGCACCCGAAGGCCCGCACGUGGUGCAUCGGAGUCGGCCUGGACGUGGUCCCGAUCCAGCUCAAUCCGGAUGUUCGCUACAUCAAUCUGACGGCCAACCGGAUUACCAAUGUUCACUUCACACUGAGCUUCUAUCACAAGCUGGAGGUGCUGGAUAUCUCGUUCAACAAGAUUGAAGGUCUUGGGUCGAAAAACUUUGACGUUCAGCAUGACCUCCGGAUGUUGAAUAUGAGCGAUAACGCAAUUGUAGAUAUCCCUAAAGAUGCAUUUAAAGGACUAGACCGGUUGCAGAUAUUGAAACUCUGCAACAAUAGAAUAGAAACGAUUCACGCUUCGGCGUUUCAUGAUCUGCGCAAUCUGCUGGAGCUGGAUUUCUCAAACAACGCUAUCAUCUCGCUAGGCCACGGAACCCUGCGGCAUCUGUACUCGCUGGAGUGGCUUUCGUUCCAGAACAACCAAGUGCUGGAAGUACCCUACGACCAUAAUCUCGAGCACCUAUCGCGACUACAGUCCUUGGACCUGUCAGUCAACCUUAUAGAGUUCAUUGCCAACGACAGCUUCGUUAACCUUCGGGAAUUGCGGAUGCUGAAACUGGGCGGCAAUGUCCUUACCGAGCUGGACUACGGCGCUUUCCAUGGCUUGAAUGCCUUGCGAGCCCUGGACCUCGCGGACAAUAAUUUUACAAUCGUGCCAACACUGCAAUUAUCAAAACUGUGUAAUCUGACAUAUUUAUCGCUGAGCGGCAACAAUUUCGACACACUGCCCGCGGUGGCGUUUCUGAAUCUGUUCCAACUGAGGCAGCUGAACCUGGACCGGCUGGACCGUCUCGAGCGGAUAGAUGUUCGCGCCUUGGUGGACAACACCAACCUGCACACGGUGACACUGGACGACAAUCCAUCAUUCAGCAGUCUGCCACUGCGGCUGUGGCACGGUAACCCUCACCUGGUAGAAAUCUCCAUGCGCCGCAACGCGCUGGUCCGUCUGGAUGCGGUUCAGUUCCCUCUGGACCGACUUCACCGGCUACGGCUCGCCGGCAACCCACUGGUGUGCAACUGUUCGCUGCUGUGGCUGUGGCGACUGGUGGCCGAGAGUGACCCCGAUGAUGAAUUCCUGCUAACUUCCGCCGCCCUGACCAGUGCCGGAUUUGCAAGCCCGGGUGGCGAAGAGGAGGGAUCGGCACACCCGUUGGCAAUUGAUAGAGACGAAUUGGGCUGUGACUUGUACGAAGAUGGGCGGAAGAUUCGCCGGACACUGAGAACCAUGACCGAAUCGGACUUGAACUGUCCAACCCACGUGCUGACUGUGAUCAGUGCAGUAUUCAGUAUCUUGUUGGUGUUGGCCACGGCCGCCAGCGUUCUGUAUUUCUUCCGCCUGUCGAAGCGGCGGAAAAAGCUGCUGCCAGAGCAUAAGAAUGCAGAUUUGAUUGUGCCACAAAAAGUAGAUAAGUUAGAACUAGAGCGAUAUCUGGCCCAGCAGAGCGCGGCCAGUGAGUACCGGCCGCUUCGGGGUGGCCCCUGGGAGGUAACGCCAAUGCUGAGGGACGUCGAUCAGUAUCAGCACCAAUAUGGAAAUCCGAUCCACGAACCGGAUCACUACGAGAGCUUCGAGUACUACGAUUAUCAGGGUCAAAAACAGUUCAACUCGUACCACCAGAAGCCUCAGCAGCAGCACCAGCAACCGAAGCGUACCCUUUCGAGGCCGCAUAUAGUCUACGUAUGACUCUAGACCGGCCGCAGGAUCCGUAGCAUAAGUAGCGGCAGUAGCAGUAAGAAGAAUGUUAACAGUAAUAGCUUACGACCGCUGCUCGUUGAUAGCGCUGUUUGAAGUUAUAGGAUGAUUUGGUUUGAAUUGCUGGACAUUGAUCCACUUGGCGACGUUACGUAAAGAAGGUAUCUAAUGCUUUUUGGAAUUAUAUUUCGUGUAAGAUAAGUAUAGCUGUAAAAAAUAACUGAACUGUAGAUAGAACGAAACGUAUAUUGACACUGAAAAAACAUAGGUACUUAAGAAGCCAUUGAAUAAAAAAUCAGAAUAAAGAUCACAUUAAUUCCUCAAUUUCAAAAUUUUUUACACACAAUCUUUCAAAACACUUUUGUGUUGAAAUAGUAUGUUUCCAACAUUCUGUUAUCAUGCUGAAUAAAAUAUCUCUUUGAAGUUUUUGAACUGAUAGCUUUAUUUGCAAAUGGGUCAGGUGGGAAAAGAAAUAAUUUUUGUAUGUACUUACUUACUUUACUUUCAGUCCUGGGCACCCACGGUGGUGCAGAGGGCCGAAUUGAAAGAUUUCCAUCCUGAGCGAUUGCCCGUCAUCGCCUUGACCUGUGGCCAGGUUAAAUUUCUGUCGACUUACUUGAUUUCGUUAUUGAGGCUGCGCCGCCAUGAGCCUUUGGGUCUGCCUCUGCUGCGAUGUCCUGCUGGGUUCCAGUUAGUUUCAUAUGCUUCGUGCCUUUUAGGUAGCGAAGAUUUUGCUUCACCACAGUGCAAUGAGGUUUUCCUGGUACGUUGCAAAAAAAGCUGUCGGUAUUGACAGCAAAGCUAAUGGCCGAGUUCAUUGUGUCAAAUAUUGUAGACCACCAACCAGCUCCCAGAAGGGAACCUUCUUCAUCUAUUGCCGCUGCUCAGCUGACUUUGGGCUCAUUUCCUUUGUUAGCUUCUGUCCCGGGUCCGCUGGUGUGGUAACAGUGUUGCAGCUAGUUGCUCCAAAUUGUUCCAGAAGAUCUUGGAUGUACUGCUCUUGAUCCAAACUAAGUACGCCGUCCUCGGUGGAUACACGAGUUCUGAGAACUUUGUUGGCCUGUCCCAAAUCCUUCAUCCUGAACUUCUUCGUCAGUUGUUUCUUCAAAUUCUCCUCCCAACGCUCGUUGUUCGAAAAGAUGAGAUCGUCCACAUAAAUUGCUACUAUCAGGACACUCGUAGAAGUAUCUGACUGAAGUAGACGCAGACGCAGGUGUCCUGUCGUGCUUGGACUGCUUCAAUCCAAUUCGUUUUAGCUCGGCAUUUAGCUUCAAAUUCACGAUCCUGCUGGUCUGUUUGAGAUGGUACAAUGCCUUAUUUAUGUUACAGGCCUUGGUUGGUGCUUGCUGGUCCACGAAACCGUCUAGUUGCACCAUAAAUAUUUGCUCCUACUUUUGAUCGCCCUGCAAGAACACCGUCACGGCAUCCAUCUGCUGUAUCUUCAAAUUCAUUCUGGCCAGGGAAAUGGCGGUGGUAUAUCGGACUACGUGUGCGUUGGUCUCAUUGAAGUCUACUGGUCUUACUGAAAACCGUCUCUAGCAACGUACUUAGCACCACCAGAAUAGAAUUAAAUUGAGUUAAAAUACAGAAAAAUAUAAACAUUUAAGGACAAACGUCUUGAAAUCCCGCCUCAACAGUGGAUCUUCAGACGCACAAAUCUCAAUAAGCAAGUUUCAAACAAAUGUGUAUUUUUAUAUUCUGCUGUUGCUCAUUUGUAAUAAGCGUAAAAUAAAUAGAUCAGAUGCACUGGUUUUGUUUAUGAAGAGAUUUGUGCGCUCGAAAUAGUGAGUAGGUGCCAAAGUCGGCCAUUUUGGGAUUCUAACAAGUCUGUCCUUAAAAAACGAACACCUCCAGAAUGAAUGUAUGGGGAUUAUUGCACUCUAGGUUCGUUUUUGAAAACUGUGGAGGAUUUGUAGGUGCGGCACUCCAGCUCAUGAUAAAGUUUUGAUACUUGCAUGAGGGUACGCGCUCCCUCUCACUGCGCCUUACCAACUUGCGUGGCUCCUCUGUUUGUGGAGGGAGCGCAACAAGGUGAAACUGAUGUACGGGCUGUUGCUCUUCAAUCAUUUCAACUUCUCCCUCGUAAUCGGACUCACCGCUGUCUUCAUCGACGUCCUACACCUCGGAUGUUACACAAGUUUACAAAAUAAAACGAAAGUCGUGAACUUCUGUCAACAACCAAAAUUUUUGAAGCACAAUUUAGUGCUGAUUUCGAAACGGACCUUCAAAAAAUUUUAAGUAGAACAGUUUUUGAGUUUUAGCUCAAUAUUGAGUUUUGAAACUUUUCAAAAUAUGUAAUUUACUAAAAUUUAAAUAUAUUGCGUUUUGUUUAACCAAUUUUAAAUCUUUUUCCAUAAAUUAAAAGCUGAAUACAAUACCAUUCGACCAUCUGAAUAGGUUUUGCGUCAGAUUCAUGAAAUUCAAGAUUUUGGCGAGUUUUGGGGACGACCUUCUUAAAUUUUAGCAAAAUUCCUAAACUUUUUUGAAGAAAUAUAUUUUUUUCAAUAAGAAAAAACCAACUUAAAAAUUCUUUCUCGACGUUUAUUUGACAUAUCAUAUGUAGGCGUGUUCCAGUAAAAAUUUCAGCUCAAUCGAAGCAUUGAUUACGGAGAAUGAGAUGUUUGAAGUGAGCGACUUUGCUUAAGGCCGGACGGGACGGUGGUUGAAUCGUCCGCCAUUGCUCUCUUGCUAGUAAGAUGCAAAUCUCAACUUCUACUUCAUAUUAUUGACUAGAAAUUUGAUCGUUCAUUUGCUCACUUGUGGUGCACAAUCGACUAAAGUUUCAGCUACGUCAGUGCAGUGGAAAUUGAUAUUUGCUUCUUCAAAGUCGCGAGGCAAAUUGUUAGAAAGAGAGGGAAGAUAGGAAAAAUUACACGUCGUCCCGUGCGGCCUUAAAAAUAGAACAAAAAUCGAUUUCAAAUCAUCAACCUUGUAUGGAAAGUCGAAAAAAAAAUUCCGCUCUACUGUAAUUUUUUUCUUUUGCGUUUUCGAACUCAGGGCAUGAUCCUACACCAAAAACGAUCAUCAGCUUACCGAGUUCAAAAAUGCUGUAAACUAGUGUUAUCACGUCCCUCAGCUCUCAAGCUAGAUCUUUCUCGAUUGGCUGCACGAUCAACUCAUAUGGAUUAUCUUCUGAAGCUUCUUCUUCUGGCUUCCGGUUGAUUGCAUUUUCGUUCAGGAAUAUGACAUCUCUGCCAACGAGAACGUGCUUCACUCUAAAACUGUACAAUCGAUACCCGAGCAGUAGAAAAUAACAACAGCAUAAUAAAAUAUGUUUUUUUUCGGCAAAAUAACUGAGUAAUAAAAUCAGUUAUUUUAAUGUUAUUAGCAUAACAUUCUAUGUUAUAAACUUGUCUGUCAUAAGCGGCAAAAUAACAAAUUUCAUAACAAAAAAAUGUUCCUGGUAUACCAAUUCAAUAACAUGUUUUGUUAGUUAUAAUAACAAUUUAAUAACAGUAAAUUUUUAGAAUAUUUCAAUAACAAAUUUUGAUAUUCAAAAGUUAUUACCAAAAGCAAAAAUAGUUAUUACAUCAAACUGAUAACAUGAUUUACGCAGUAUUUCCAACAAAAAAUAUACUAAUAUGAAGACACAAUAAUUUUCAAUGCUGUUGUGAAUGUUGCUUAUUCCUUUUUUGAUACAGUCCUUAGUCUUUAUUUCGAAACUUGUUAUUGUUGUGCUAUUUAUGUACACUCUCAAUAGCACAAUUAUAACCAAACUUGUUCUAUAACAAAACAUAUUAUUGAAAUGUCAUUUAAUGGAUGUAUAUCAAUAGCUUAAUCAUAACAAAAUAAGAUUGCCCAACAAAACAUGUUAUUGCAAAGUAAUACCUUGGUAACUCAAUAAUAACACAACAAGAUAUAAUAACAGGCUAUGUGAUUUUGUAGUUAUCAAUUUGAUAUUCUCCUCUGCUCGGGUAUGUUUUCGAACUGCUGCUAUAGCCAGGGAAGGAAGCCGAAAGGCUCAGACUUUGCAUCUCACUUCUUUCCUUCUCUCCUUUGGUACGUAAACAUUACCGUGGAUCCAGCGUAGGACACGCGUAGGAGAGCUAGAUCUGGUCUUCGUAAGGGAAAUGCUUCGUCAAAUGUCAACUGCAAUCCCUUAGUUGGCAAUUAGAUGAUCACAUACGAUGUAGUUGCAACUGCUUCGGCCCCAUAACGCUUUUCCAGAUUCGAAUUACACAGCAUACUCCUCGUCUUUUCAACAAUCGUUCGGCUCGUCUCAUGGUGAAUACCGGACCGACGAAGAAACAACUUCAUUUUAUGAUUUACAUAUUAUUUCCCACUGGUCUGACCUUAACCGCUUGAUUUUCUCACUUGUCUUGUUCUCAGCGAAGCUUUUGAAAUCUUGAUAGAAGCGUUUUCUGUUUCUGUUUUUGAUUUUGGGGAAUAUACAAACGGCUACCGGCGCAAGCAGGAACGUUAGAAAAUAGCGAUUUCCUCCAGCGUUCUAGUUCUAGUUUGGACUUUCUCAGGAGUGUUGCAUCACCUUGUUUCGUAUCGCUUGAAACUUUCACAUCUUGUAGGAACUUCGCUUUGGCGAUGUCUGCGGUCCUGGAUGACCCCAGGUCGAGGAUCAUCGGAUAUUAUUGUUUCGGCAUGUCUUUCAUUAGCAAACAGGCAAUGCAAGCGUCAUCAACCUUGAAUCCGACUUUUUUUUAUUCUUCAAUCACUUAACCUAAUUUACAGCUCUAUUGUCCACUAGGGCACUGCGUGAGCGAUUCCAAUUAGAAGCUGUGCAUACACUUUGUACAGCGCCUAAAUGUAUUCUAUUUUAAUUGUACUACAUAUAUCGAACUGGUUCCCGUUGGGCUGCUUUCACUUUCUACCCUAUUCGCAGCUGUGAAACAAAAACCGAGAUUUUCGGGACAAACAAGACCGAGGAAUCCAAAAUUUACAAGAAGGAGUGCCUGAAAAACUGUGUUCUAUCGUUCAUUAUUGCUCACAAUGGACCUAUUAAAUAUUGGCCUAUUUUGACAAGCUGCCACUAAAGUGGAGAAUCGCUACAGUGGUAUUGAGGCAACGGGGUGAUUUUCAUGAAAAAGGAUAUCAAUUUUCCAAAUUGCCCUCACUUCCUUCCAACAGAGAAAUUUUGGGCAAAUGUCAAGUAAAAAUUGAAGAAGACUGAAGAACAGUGGGGGAUUUUUUUUAUUAUUGAACAAAUUGGGCCGAAGGGUCUUAGAUUCUUAUGUAACUUUUUCCACAGGCAGAACUCAUGAAUAUAUGGACAAAAAAAUGAGAAAAUUCAGGGUCGCCUCCGGGAUAAAUCCCGGAAAACUCAGGUGGAAAUUGCUUGUUUUCCUCUGACACUACUUACUUUGAAAAAUCAUAACUCAAGAACGAAGCAUCGUAGAUACAAAGUUUUCUAAUGAAAAUUAAGGCAAAUUUCUCAGAAAUCCAAAAAUCAUAACUUAAGAACGAAGCAUUGUAGAUUCAUUUUUUUUUAAUAAAAAUGAAAAAAAUAUGAACUGGAAAAAGUUUUCCACAAAAUUUUCCUCAGUUAGGAAAAUUCGUGAAGAAAAGCCGGAAAAACUAUGCCCGAACUUGUGAAAAAUUUUCAAAAAAAAAUUUUAUGAGAAGGUUAUUUUAUAAGCUUCAAUCGCUGAAACUUUUGGAAUGCACUUUUUUUUGUUGUUGAGUUAUGGCCAAUUUUGUUCAAAAAUGUCCAAAUGUGCCAUAUAAGCCUUUUCUUUGAAAAAUCAUAACUCAAGAACAAAGCAUCGUAGAAACAAAGUUGUUUAAUAAAAAUGAAAGCAAAUUUUCUCAGGAUUCCGAAAAAAAAUAUUUACUGAAAAAGUUUUCCACAAAUUUUUUCACGGUUCUGAAAAUUCAUAAAGAAAAGCCGGAAAAACUAUGCCCGAAUUGUGGAAAAUUUAAAAAAAAAUAUUUUUGAGAAGGUGAUUUGCUGAAAUUUUUGGAAUAGACUUUUUUUCUUUCCUGAGUUAUGGCCAAUUUUGUGAAAAAUGACCAUGUAAGCAACCCUGGAACACAAACUCUUUCGUAGCUGUGGCCAGAUGGGCACCUUCUCGUAGGCACUGCUGGAGGUAUUUGUGUUAAAGUUAUAGAAAAAACGUCCUCAACUCUUCCGCACAGGAAUUUAUAAAACGACAUCUCAAAGAAGCAGCUGGAUGUGGGAGCAUUUGGUUAGGGGGUCAUAUUCUGGGCAUUGGACGCUAUAUUUCACUCAAUUUCAUACCAUAAACCUAUUUUUUUGUACGCUGUGAGAUACGUACAGUGUCUAACCGUGUACAAAAACUCAAAUCAGUUGGUAUAAAAUUAACUACAGUAUCGGACAAUAAAAAUGCACCACAGCCGUUUUCCCGUACAAACUAGUCAAAUUUAGAUUGCCAUAUCUCAGUUACUUCUCAACCGAUUUUUUUUAUUUUUCUGUGACGAACUACAAAACAUUUCAAUUUCCAGAAACUAUUGAAAAAGUUCAGUGAUAACUAUUGUAAUAAAAGUUACAGAUACACGGUCAGGAAAUUCACUCAUUUUGGAGCUAAAGUGGGACAACUCAAAAUUGAGUAAAUUUUUUUUCCAGCGAUAGCGCUGGCCCAAGUGCGAAAAUCUCAUCAGUUUAAGCUGUAUAAUAUUCUUGCUGAUGUGAAGAAUAUUAUACGGCUUAAACUGUUUGGAUGUUUGCACUUGAGCCAGCGCUAUCGCUGGAAAUGCAAUUUACUCAUUUUUUGAGCUGUCCCAGUUUAGCUCAGUUUUGUGUGAAUCUUACUCAUUUUAGAGUAACAUUUUCUUAGCGUGUAGGUUGAAUUUUGACAAUAAAAAUGCACCAAGACAAAAAAUGUAAUAGCAAAAAAUGGUUACGUCAUAUCAUUAUGGUGUCUUCGGCAAAUAUGUUUCUUGUGUGAUGACGAAUAAGUUUGCUGAACAGAUCAACAUGAUUUGACUUCAACAUUUUUUGCUAUACAAUUUUUUGUGUUGGUGCAUAUUUAUUGUCAAAAUUCAACCUAUCUGUAACUUUUGUAACAACAGUUAUCACUGAACUUUUUCAAUAGUUUUUGAAAAUUGGAAUGUUUUGUAGUUCGUCACAGAAAAAUGAAAACAAUCGGUUGAGAAAUAUCUAAGAUAUGGCAAUCUAAAGUCGACUAGUUUGUACGGGAAAACGGCUUUGGUGCAUUUUUAUUGUCCGAUACUGUAAGUCACAGUGGAAUGUGUUCAAAAUAAGAUCCUUUACCGAAACGGUUCCCCAUUAGCGUGGAAUACAAAAAGGCAUUUUACUCCUGUACACUUUUUGAGUUCCAUUUUGGCCCCAUAUCAACUGUGCAAAGUUUAAGCUCGAUCGGAGAAACUAUAUUGUAGCGCCAGCCAUUUUUAGUUUUCAUACGCUUUACUAUGGGGAAAUCGCUUUUUCAAAAAAAAAAAUCACCACAGGUUGCCCCUUAACCCCUGAAAAUUAUGAUGUGUUUUUUUGGCACUUGCUGCUUUUAUAUAGGAGAUUUGCCCAUCUUUAAUUGAGGGGCACAGAUGCAAAGGGGGUAAGUGAUUAUUUUGAUGAUUUUGAGCAGAACAUAUAAAAAAAAUCUUUAGAUUUCAAGCUUUUAGGAACUUUUUAAGAUUAUUUUUGCGAUGAUUAUAAAAAUUACAAGAAUUUGGAGUAAAUUGAUUUGAUAUUAAAAUUCCAUACAUUUUGUAUAGGAUGAAAAAUUGGUGAAAAACUUUAAACUUCAUUUUUUGAAAGUGGGUUUUUAUCACUAAGGGGCUUCUAACCCCCUCAAUUAACCCUCUAAUACCCAAUCCCGUCUUUAGACAAGGUAUAGUUUGAGCAUUUUUGUAAUUUUUGUGUCGUGGAACAUCAUUUUUUUUAUAUUUUUGGCAAAUAUUUAAGACUGUUCUGUAUAUCUCAAAAUGGUUUUUGGUGUAUUUUAAAGCGUAUUUACAUUUUUUUUAAAUCAUUGAAAAAAUGAUGUUUAAGUCACCUUUUAGAAGUCAUUGUUUAUUUUGUAUUGAAUCGCUACAAUUAGCAUAUUUAAAUUUUUCUCAAAUCAUACUAUCCUUGUUUAAUAGUUUAAGGGAAUCGAAUACACUCUAAAAUUAUUUUCCAUAAAAUUACACGGAAAAUAAAAUUUUCAGUGAAAGAAAUUUAAUAUAAUAAUAUUUCAACAAUAAUCAUAAAAUCUCAAAAUAUUUUCAUCUAAAAAAAUCCGUACCACAAAUAGGCUUCCAGGAAAAAUAUAAAAGUGUGGGGAUGUUCAAAAAUAAAAAUUAGAAAAAUCAAAAACUGAAAUUCACAAAAUCGAGAAUUAAAAAGAAUCAUCGUCCAAAACAUGUUUAAAUCGAUUUUAGAUGACGAAAAAUGACGAAAAAUUUGGGUAUUACAGGGUUAAUAGACUCUUCUUUCUAGUUACAACGUUGCGUAUUUGAUUGGGUGCCAAGCUAUUAAUUCUAUCUGAUAUUUUUCCUUCUUUUAAAAAUGUGCUGUUCUUUCAAGUUAGACUGUUACAGAGUUGUUUUAUUGCCAAACUGUCAAUUCUACUUUAAAAGAUUUUCCCUUCUUCUAGCAACAGGCUGUUCUUUCGUGGUCUGUUUUUCGAUCGCUUUUAUUUCGAUCUAGCUUAAUGACCGUUUGGCUUAGUAAUAAUUUGGCCAAAUGUAUUUUCGGCCUUAUGAGACACAUCAUUACCUCAGUUAUUUUUUUAACAGCUAUAUUUGAAGUGUAUUUGUGCAAAUCGUCCUUAAGCCGAAUGAGUCAUUAGCCAAAAAAUUGAAAUUGGCCUUGUUACUUACAACUUUCAAAGUUUAGUAUCAAAAAGGCAAAGAACAAAUGAGAGGAACAAUAACAGAUUAUAAAGUGAGUUGUACAGAGAAAUUGAAUACAGUGUACUCUUCUUUGAAAUAGACGAUCAAGUAUGGCUGCCUCAUUUCUAAACUUGGACGUUUUAGAUGUGUUGUCGAAAAACGAGCCAACUUUUUCAAUUCUUGUACUAGAUAUGCGCUAUUAGAUAUUAGGGUAAGUGUACCAAUUAUGGCUAUAGUACCAAUUAUUAGCCAUAGUUAAUUUUCACCCUUCAACGAAGUAAAUCAACAAGAAAAAUUUUGUGAACAACAGACCACGUUCACAAAAGAUAGUCGCACUCAUUUAAACUCCACAUUUUCCUCAAAUCAUGGUAGAAAUAAAUCAUUUCCCUUAAAAUUUCGGCUUCCUUGCACCCUUUUUCGCCAUAGUGUACCAGUUAUGGCUAACCCCAUAAGGAAUGCAUGCAAAUAGUGCGAAAAGGAACCGAAGUUAAGAAAUAUACCCAUAACUGGUAGUUUUGGCUCCGUUUCUAUAUUUUUCCUGUAAAGUAUGGAAACUAAGCUGUCUUGUAACUUACUUAUUGAUGACAUUCGUUGGUCUUCCCGUUAUUUUUGUAUGAAUAGCUUUCCUUAGGUAGUGCCAUAAUUGGUACACCCACCCUAUUACUUCCUUUUGUUUUAGGCUAUUCUUUUGAAUGGCAUCUUUUGGAAUUAUAGCUGCCCGAAUUGUCAUUGAAAUUUUUCCUUUUUUGAACAAUGGCUGUUCAUUCAAGCAGUAGUAAUAAAACUGUCGGCAUCAUAACUGCAAAUAUUUUUAAAUAUUUUCUCGAAAAAGUAGAAAAAAAUGCUUAAAUUACUGCCUAAAUUCUUUAAUGAAUACCAACCAAAAUAAGUUAAUUACAUAUUGUGCAUUUCUUUAGAAAGCCAAAAUUUAAUGAGUGGGAAAAAUAUACAUAGUGAUAACAAUUUUCCGGGAAAUGGUUUUCCGGGGAAUAAGUCAUUCCGGAAAAUGGGUUUCCGGGAAAGUGGAGCGGACCUGGUGUGGUGGUUAGAACACGAGACUAUCACGCCGAGGACCUGGGAUCGAAUCCCACUCCCGACAUACUCACAAAAUGUGGGUUCUUCCUUCGGAAGGGAAGUAAAGCGUGGGUCCCGAGAUGAACUAGCCUAGGGUUAAAAAUCUCGUUAAUACAGAAAAAAAAAAAAAAAGGUUUCCGGGAAAUGGGUCAUUCAGGAAAAUGUUUUCCGGAAAAUGUCUUUCCGGGAAAUGUCAUGGAAUCGUUUCGAAUUUUCGUUACUAAACGAUUCAGUUAAUUAAAUUAUUUUCAAUUUCGUAAAUUCCAUGGUGUUUCUUGUAAAUAUCAACAUUUUUCACAUUACUAUAUCUCUACGGAUGACAUUACCUAUUUUCUUCUGUUAACCCUCCUGAAAUACUACCAGCUUCGUUCCACCAGCCAACAAAGAGCAAUAAAUGAAAAGAUAUGAGAAUAAUCCGCAAGAAAGUACUCUCCGAGGAAAUUCAACUAAAAAUGUCCCACAUCAGCCCCAUGAAACAGCCUGAACCACGAGAAAAAAAAUCUACGCAACACUAAAGAUGAAUCAUGGCAAACUUCUUGCUGUCGGCACCACACCCCCACGCGUGAAGGCAUAACCUCACCUUCGGAAGCAAUUUCUUUUAUUUCACUUUCGAUCCACCACCGCUGCCAAAGGCUGUCGGAGGAAACUGUCGGCUUUCUUCCGGACUCCCACCAUCCAAUUCCGCCCGCACGCGAUUUCCUUCCCUCACACUUCUUCUUCUUGCCAGAAGAAGAAAAAAAACCUUAUAGGCGCUACAUUAUUGCACUGUAUUAAGAUUAAUGUCGAAUUCGUUUAUUUGCACCGCCUGCACCGCUUUGCCACCGGGUGUAGCAAACUUGCACCGAAACCGUUCGUUUAUUCGCAGGUACUGUUCUGUUUUGACACUCGAUUGGCACCGGUGCAAGAAAAUGCUACACCCAGUUUGAGCACGGUGUAGCAGGUACGAAGCAAGUUUUACCAAUACAUGCAUAUCGCUGAACUUGUAUCGUGGUUUUGUUUUGGUAGGAAUGAUGAUUUUCUCUUCGGCAUUAGGUAAACGGUUUUCUUGGAUAUUCAUUUAACAGCAAAUCUGUACGUUUAAAAAUUAUUUAAACUUGAUCGAUGAUUAUCACGUCUUUCAAUCAACUUGUGAUGAAUCUUCAAAAUUUAUCGGUAACAUGAAAUUUCAAAGAGUUGAUUCAACGUAUAUUUUCCCAUUACUAUUUUUUUUUGAUUAUCGCAAAUAUGUGGAUUACUUUUAAUGAUUUUAAUCAUUAGAAUUUUCUGUCGCAUGGUGAUCUAUUAAUUAUGAAAAAAAUGACGUAAUAAAGUUUUGAUAAGCCCAGAAUUGAAUAAAAAUCUAUUCAUUCAAAUUGGACUGAAAUAUUACUGAAGUAACAUUUUGUAGGUACAAACAGUUUCAAAAAAUUCUAUUUUUCUUUUCUUACAGCAAAUAUUGAAUUUUUGAAUUAUUACAUUGAAUGUCACUAAAGGAUGGUUAAAGCGUUUUUAAUAUGAGUUGCGUUUCAAUAACGUUAACGUUCUAAAAAGCAUUUAUUUAUUUUUAUGUUCUAGCUAAACAUUUGCUAUUGAACUGCCUUUAACAUUUUUUGUGUUAAAUUUGUGCACGUAGAUCGUUUAUAAUUGUAUGUUAGCAUCCUUUUUUAUUAGGCAACGGAAAUUGUUUAAUUCUAAAAAGUUGCUUUUAAUUGAAAAAAUUAUGAUAUUACGAGAAUAUGAAGAAGAUAAAUAAUGUAGGAGUGUUAAAACAUUAGAUAACAAUUUUCAAGUAUCAUUUAUUAUUACAAGUUUAUGAUGUACAAGUGGAUUACUGAAAACGUUUAAAAUUGUUAAAUUGGAUAUCGAAAGUAAAAAAUAAAAAUAAAUAAAAAUAAUUUUGUUCAUCACGGAAAUCAUGAAAACAUUGAUUAUGUUUAUUUUUGAUAUCCUUUAUUGUUUUCAUUGACGCUCUCACGCGCCCUUACUAAUACCAUCAUAAGCUGUCAACAAAUUGCACCGAAACCGUUCGUUUUUCCGGUGUCAAUUGCUACACCGGUGCAGUGCACCGUCGGGAAUAAACGAAUUCGACAUAAGAAUGGCAAAAAAGCAGCAAAUUUCCGCCUUUCUUUGUCGAGAGUUCAUUGCUUUUGAGGCGGCGCGGCGCGUGAGCAGGGAUUUCCUUCGCGUUAGAUGUCGAGAAUUACUGUUUUUUACAGGGAACAUCCAUCUUUGGUUGGUGGUGGCAGGGGGGAAGAAAUGAAAAAUCCGACGGCCUUUAUCCGGGGUUAUCUUUCCCUAUGCGGUUGGAUUGUUUGCUUAUCUAUGCGCAUUACUGUCAUUAUUAUUAUUUCUGGUCUUGACGUGGUAUAUUCAAUAAACGUCUGAAAUAAUUUGCAGCGUGAUGAGGGUUUGGCCAGACUGAAUAAUUCAACAAGAUGAACAAAUCAACUUAAUCAACUUCAUUCACAAGAGUUUAUGAUGCAGAUCUUUACACCAAUUUGAAAAUACUUUUUACUUAAAUACUCAUUAAUCAGAAAUGGAUGACUUUUAUGAGUUUUGAUAAACAUUUUUACCCCAUGUAUAUUUCUGAAAAUAUUGUAUAUUUGUUGCAUAUUAUAUAGUGUGUAAAUUGAUUAAAUGUUUAGAUUAAGAGCUAAGAGAAACAAAACAAUAAUCAAAAUACAGUAAUUUUUAUAGUAAAUCACUUCUUGUACUAAAAUGCUAUGUGGUAUGUCGCUAGAGUCAGUUUAAACCAAAAAAAAAACAUACAAAAAUAUAUACUGUACAAUUGUGAGCUAUCGUAUACAUAACUUAGAAGUGUGCUUUUACCCCUUUUGUAUGAAGCAAAGACAAAACAAAAUGAUUAAAUCACGCGAAAAAAAACUAAAUUUUAUUUCAAAAACAUUCCGGAAGGAAUCAACAAGAAACAAGCAAUAAUGUUUAGAAGAAACUAUCUAGGAACAACUUUAAGUCGUGAACUGCGUAAAAAAACAGAGGAUAAACCUGAAAGUCAAAGUAUUUGAACAAAAAUACACUUCAAAGUGAGAAGACACAGCUGGAUGUAAUGGAAUUGUGGCGAACAGGGCAGGUUUACAGUUGGUAAGAUAUAAUUCAGAAAACACAGGAAUUUCAAGUAGAUGAAGAGAGUAGGUAACGAGAUGGAAGCGAAAAUUUAGCUAAAUGAAUAUUUUGAUAUGAAAAUGCGAUGAAUAAAAACGUUAAUAAAACUUA